AUGGACAACUAUCACUACGCUUUGACCCAGGAGCAACUCCAGAGCUUCCAGGAGCGUGGUUAUCUUCUCGUGCGCGGUUUCUUCAUUACCGAGGAAGCGAAGCUCCUGCAGCAAUGGGCCCAAGAGGUGCACGAUUUGCCCCGAACUCCUGGUGUACCCUGGAUGCCUUACGAGGAGGUCAAUGGACAAGGUGACCGGGUCCUGUGCCGGACAGAGAACUUCGUCAACUCCCAUCAAGGGUUCGAUAGCUUUCUUCGGGGUCACCGAGCUAUAAGUACUCUCCAGCAGCUAGCUGGUGAGGAGAUGCUUUUGUUUAAGGAGAAGAUCAACUAUAAACUCGCUGGAAGUGGCGGUUUUGAUCCUCAUAUUGACGCUAAUGCGUAUACUCAUGUCAGGAAUAUUAAGCACUUGACUAUUCUUGCUGCCAUUGACACUAUGAAUGCUACCAACGGUGGCCUUGAGGUUGUUGAUGGCAGCCACCGCAUGGAAAUACCUCUGGGAAAGGAUCGUUGCAUUGAGCCCACCUGGGUCAACGGCCAUUCUUGGACCCCCUGUGACCUCAAACCAGGAGACAUUCUUGUUUUCGGAUCUUAUUUGGCCCACCGCAGUGGCGCCAACACUAGCUCCAAGGAUCGUCGCGCCAUCUAUGCGACCUAUAACCGCGCCGCCGAGGGCAACCUGCAUGAUCAGUACUAUGCCGAUCGGCAAAAGCUGUGGCCUGCAACCCACAUGCGCAAGGAGGGCGAGUCCUAUGAGGAGGGUCGGGUCCGCUAUGCCUUUGGCUCUCCGAUGUUGACCGUAGAUUCAAGCAAGAAGGAAUUGGUACCGGCAGCUUAG